CAUGAACCUUCCUCCUCCUUUCUUCAAUUAUAUAUAAUUAAACUUUAGGUUAAAAUUCAUUUUACAGAGAGUAGACGUGGACAAUGAUUGAUGGAGAUUGAUAUAGUGAUCUUCUUCAAUGAUUUCCUCUCUUUGUAAGUAAUUAUCAGAAGAAGAAGAAGAAGGGUUUCAAUGGCGGGUAUGCUUCCUGGAGUUGAAUGUGCAAGAAGAAGAAGGUUUCAUCAAAGUGGAGGGUGUUCAGAUUCUCCAAGUAUGGCGGGUCAUGGCUGGUCAAGAAGAUCUUCUUUUUGUUUAUAUACAAGCAACCAUGAAACUCAUCACCAUACUUCUUCUAUAAUCUCUUCCCUGCAAAGAAGCAUAAUGAGCCAGGCAUAUGAGGACGAAAAGCUAGGAGGAGCCGCUAGAGAAGCAAGAGAAAGAUUAGAUGAGAGAUUGAGAACUCAAAGGAAGUCAUUAGAAGCCAAAAGGCAAUUAAGUGGUGGGAAAGAGAGCUUGAGGUGUGUGGAUGGGAGGUCAGGCGGGGAGUUGCAUACAGAAGUGUUUGGAUCAUCAAAGAGCUGCAGCAGCAGGAGUGGAUCAAAGAGGUUCAAUUGGGCAAAGCUAAGUUGGAAGGCUUCAGAGCAAGAAGAGUGUGCAAUUUGCUUGGAGAGGUUCAAGAUGGGUGAGACUCUGGUUCAUCUUCCAUGUGCUCAUAGGUUCCAUGGAAGGUGCUUGGUUCCAUGGCUAGAAGCCAAUGCUCAUUGCCCUUGUUGCAGAAUGGAAAUGUUGCCACCACCAUUACCUUCACCAAAUUAAUAAAUUUUAUCUCUUCACCUUUUUUUUUUGGUUUUUUUUUUUUUAGUUUCUUGAUUUGUAAUUAAUGCUUUGCUUUCAAUUAUGUGAUGCAAUACUUCUAUUUAUAUGCAGCGGUGAAUUUUAUUUUACUAUUAGAUUGUUAA